AUGUCGAAUUUAUCCAAACUUGAGUUUGUGGCAUUAGAUAUUUCUGGAAAGAAUUAUCUUUCAUGGGUACUCGAUGCUGAGAUUCACUUGGCUGCUAAAGGUCUUGAUGCCACUAUUACUCAGGGAAAUGAAGCAUCGAGUCAAGAUAAGGCGAAGGCUAUGAUUUUCCUUCGUCAUCAUCUUGAUGAGGGCCUGAAGAUUGAAUAUCUGACGCAGCAAUAUCGUGAAAAGGGUUUUCAGAAAUAUUCUGAACUAAUCUCAUGUCUUUUGGUGGCUGGGCAACAUAAUGCUCUUUUAAUGAAAAAUCAUGAAGCUCGUCCCACUGGAGCUGCUCCAUUACCGGAGGCAAAUGUGGUGGAAGCACGUGAUCAAUCUGAAGUAAAAAGAGAUGAUCAUCGGGGAUAUAAUAAUGCACGGGGACAUGGCAAAGAUAAAAGACGAUACACAAAUCGUCAAGGUGGUGGUUAUAAUAAAAGGGAGAACAACAUGAAUUCUCAAAAUAACCCCUCAAAAAGUAAUUGUCGUCGUUGUGGCAUGAAAGGCCAUUGGAAGAAUGAAUGUCGCACACAUGAACAUUUUGUAAGGCUCUAUCAAAAUUCCUUUAAAAAGAAAGGAAAUAAAAGUGGUGCUUCCUCUUCCAAUGCUCGAGCUGAGUCACAUAUGACUCUUAAAGAUGAUGAUAAGCCGGGAACAUCUCAGAAGUAUGAUAAGGAUGUUGAAGCAAAUUUGGCUUUAAAGGAUGAUGUUUUUGAUGGCCUUGGUGACAUUACUCAUAUGGAAGUUGAUGACUUCUUUGGAGAUCGAAACUGA